AUGCAUGUGGCCGCCGCUCAUUCCGCAUGGGUGCCCCCUGCAGGUGCCAAAAUCGACAGGAUUGUGGAGGUUCUGCGCGAGACGGAAGAAAUCGAGCUCGUACUGUGCCGCAACGAGCAGUCGGCGGCCUUCAUGGCGGCAGGUCACGGACGGCGAACUGGUCGCGCUGGGGUCGUGCUGGUCACGUCUGGCCCUGGUGUCACCAAUUUGACGACUGCUUUGGCAACUGCAAACUGCGAGGGCGAUGCGGUGGUGGCGCUGGGCGGCAAUGUGCCACGUGCCCAGCACUACAAGGCCACGCACCAGGCCCUGGACAAUGUGAAGCUGAUGGAGACGGUGACCAAGUUCUCCCAGGAGAUCCCCCACCCCGACGCCAUCUCCGAGGUCCUCACCAACGCCUUCCGCGCCGCCGAGUCCAUCGGCCGCCCCGGCGCCGCCUUCGUGUCGCUGCCGCAGGACAUCAUGGUGGGCCCCGCCCAGCUUCGCGUGCUGGGCCAGUCGCUGCACACCGGCGGCGGCUCGGAGCUGGACAUCGCCAAGGCGGCGGACACCAUCAACAAGGCGGCCUUCCCGGUCAUGCUGUGCGGCAUGUUUGCCUCGCAGCCCGAGACCGCGCACGAGCUGCGCAAGCUGCUGCACACCUGCCCCAUGCCAGUGGUGACGACGUUCCAGGGUGCGGGCGUGUUGGGGCGCAACCUGUUCGAGCUGUUUGGCGGCCGGGUGGGCCUCAUCCACAACACCCUGGCCGACAGUUUGCUGGAUAUGGCAGAUGUUGUGAUCACCGGUGAGGUUGACCCCAUCGAGUAUGAUGUGGACCUGUGGAACUCCGACAGGAGAGACAGGAAGAUUGUGCACCUCGACCUGACCCCUGCCACACUGGACAACUGCUAUGUGCCCUGGGUGGAAGUGGUGGGCAACAUCGGGCAGAGCGUGGAGAGCCUGACGGCGCUGGUGCGGGAUCGGGACAGCGAGGAGCUCACCGCCAACUGCCAGCACCUGCGCAAGGCGCACCAGGACGUGGCCCGCGAGGCACACGCCACCGACUCCCGCAACCCUGUGCACCCGCUGCGCAUCGUGCACGACAUCCAGGACGGCGCCAAGUUCUCCAUCUACUGCGACAUGGGCAGCCACCACAUCUACGUCUCCCGCUACCUGCACCAGGUCUGCAUCUCCAACGGCCAGCAGACCAUGGGCGUCAGCAUGCCGUGGGCAAUCUCAGCUGCCCUCGACGCCCGCGACCCUGGCAGGUGGGAGAAGCGCAUCAUCUCCAUCUCGGGGGACGGCGGCUUCCUGUUCUGCGCCCACGAGCUGGAGACCGCCGUUCGCUAUGGCCUGCGCUUCGUGCAUCUGGUGUGGGUGGAUGGCUCUCUGAACAUGGUGAAGAUCCAGCAGAUGAAGAAGUACAAUGCGUGCGAGGCGGUGGAGCUGGGGCCUCUGGACUAUGUCAAGUUUGCAGAGUCGUUCGGCGCCAAGGGCUUCCAGAUCCGGGAGGCGGAUGAGUUCCUGCCCACGCUGGAGAAGGCGCUUGAGAUGGACUGCCCGGUGGUCAUUGCUGUGAAUGUGGACUACUCGCAGAACGAGUGA